AUGAGGGCCUUUGAACCCAAUUUGGAACACUUAAAAUUCUUUUAUAUAUUUUCUGAAAUAUCCUACUUCUCAAACCUCAUCAUUCACAUUCUCUCUCUUCAAUCUUGCAAAGGCAAACCAUCAAUCUCCCAAAGAGUGGCAGACAUUCUACCAGCUGGCGGUUCUGAGCUCAUCAUCUUUCAUUCCUGCACCGGCGUGCAUGAUCCCAUAUUUUUUCCAACCAAAAACCCCACUUCCAUCGACAGUUUUGAUAUAAUAAUGAUGAAGAUGAAGACAAGCAACCCAAUUUUUCUCAAACCAGUGCCCGGAGGAGAAGUGCUGAUGAUAAAACCAGCAGGGCCAGACCAAAGAAAACAAUGCAAGAAGACACAAUUGCCCUCAACAUACACAACUGGUUUUCGUAGUUCAGAGGUGGGCUCCAAACUUGGUGUCCCGCUCCACCUGCAGAUCAUAGACGGAAAUGUGCGUGGGCCCAGCCUCGAUUGCAAGCCUCAAACUCUGGGCCCACAUGGCUGGCGUCUGAUGCGGGAGCGAUGA